GUUGGGAUAGGAGCUCCGGAGAGAGAGAGAGAGGAGGAGAGAGAGAGAGAGAGAGAGACUAGAGGAGAGAGAGAGAGAAGAGGGAAGAGGGAAAUUAAACGGACAUUUCAUCGGCUUUAUUAGCGAACAUUAAACGCCGGCAAGAGAAAGAGUUCUUUUACCAUUCACCAGACGGAAAGACACAGUGAGAGCCGAAGCGACAGAGGGGCGACUUUCUCUGAAGUUGAAGCCAGAAUUUUCGCACCGUGUAACUGCCGGAGGAAGAAGAGAGAGAGAGGAGAGAGAGAGGAGAGAGAGGAGCCGGCCCGUGUUGUGGAUUUGUCAAACUGGACAGUGGAGGGAGGGGGGAGAGAGAGAGACACACACACACGCGUUGUUUGUUCUUGAGUUAAAUGAACAAAAGUUGAGGUUCGGCGUCGUGGCAGUCGGUAAAUGUUGUGACAUUUUUUUAAAAGGAGAGCAUAAACUGCUCCAGCGGUCGACGGUCGAGUGGCGGGGGUUAAAAAACCCGAGCUGUCAAACCCGAUGACUACUGCAAACUGCCCCGGGAAUGAGGAGCUGGACUUCAGGCUGAUCUUCGGAGAGGACGGGCAGCAGCAGCCGUUAGGCCCCGGAGAUUUGGAGCCUGAUGACAACACAUCGUUCUACAUCCUAAAUGUGGGCCAGCCCCAGUCUGUGGUCACAAACCACCAGUCUAUUGGCCUGCCUCGUCAUGGCAUGCAGUCCCACUCCCAGGUCAUCAGCACUUCCCCACGCUUUCAGUCACACAAACCAGGACCUGAGCAUCCGAGCUAUGAGGCACAAGACUCCAAAUAUGGCACCUCCCCCCUGCUGCCUUCUGCUCCUGUGGAGGCACCAAAGGCUUUUGAGUGCCCAAGUAUCCAGAUCACCUCCAUCUCCCCCAGCUGUCAGCAGGAGAUGGAUGCCAAUGAGGAUGAUCUCAGGGCAAAUGGCCCUGAUGGGGACUACCAUGGGGAUAGGCCCCUGUCCAGAGACCACUUGUAUUUGCCCCUGGACCACUCAUACCGUGACUCUUCUCUUAGCCCUAGCCCAUGCAGCAGCCUCUCCUCUAGGAGCUGGUUCUCUGAUGCCUCCUCCUGUGAAUCAUUCUCACACGUCUAUGACGAUGUUGACUCAGAGCUAAAUGAAGCGGCUGCCCGGUUCACACUGGGCUCCCCGCUUACAUCCCCAGGCUGUGCCUCCCCUCAAACCAGUGGUGGAGUUCUGGAGGAGCAGCCCCAUUGGCAGCACCACCACCCUGCCUUUGUGCACCACUCCCACUCCAUCAGCCUGUCACCCCGACAAUCCCCCUGCCACUCGCCACGCACCAGUGUCACUGAUGAAAACUGGCUUAGCCCGCGACCACCUUCCAGGCCCUCCUCGCGUCCCACUUCACCCUGUGGGAAGAGGCGCCACUCUAGCGCCGACAUCUGCUACCCCAGCUCAUUGUCUCCUCAUCACUCACCCACACCCACGCCAGGACCUUCACCUAGGGGCAGUGUGACAGAAGACACCUGGGUUGGCAGUCCGUCUGUGGGCAUGUCACCCUUCCAGUGCUGCCCAUCUGAGGCAGACAUCCCAUCCAAGACAAGGAAGACCUCACAGGACAGAACAGCUAUGCAGACUGGGAAAGGGGAGCUUGGGCUAGAUGACCAAGGAAAUAUGUCACCUAAUCUAGACUCUCCUUCAGAUGAGGCCCUGCACAGCCUGAAGAAAGAUGGGCCUGGGGAACAGUUCCUCUCAGUGCCCUCUCACUUCUCAUGGAAUAAACCCAAGCCUGGGCACACACCGAUAUUCAGGACCUCCUCAUUGCCCCCACUAGAUUGGCCGCUGCCAAGCCAGUUUGGCCAGUAUGAACUGAAGAUAGAGGUGCAACCCAAAGCCCACCAUCGAGCGCACUAUGAGACUGAGGGCAGCCGAGGAGCCGUCAAAGCAGCAUCUGGUGGCCAUCCUAUUGUCAAGCUCAUUGGCUACAGCGAGAAGCCCGUCAACCUGCAGAUGUUCAUUGGAACAGCAGAUGACCGUUACUUGAGGCCGCACGCUUUCUACCAGGUGCACCGGAUCACCGGGAAAACCGUAGCCACAGCCAGCCAAGAAAUUAUCGUCUCCAGCACCAAAGUUCUUGAAAUUCCUCUGCUGCCCGAAAACAACAUGUCAGCCAGUAUCGACUGUGCUGGCAUCCUUAAGCUGCGGAACUCAGACAUCGAGCUGCGGAAGGGGGAGACGGAUAUCGGAAGAAAGAACACACGGGUCCGCGUGGUGUUCCGAGUGCACAUCCCUCAACCCAACGGAAAGGUGCUGUCGCUGCAGGCUUCCUCUAUCCCUGUGGAGUGCUCCCAGCGUUCAGCUCAAGAGCUGCCCCAGGUUGAGAAAUCCAGCCUGACCAGCUGCCUGGUCAGCGGGGGAGAGGAGUUGGUCAUCACAGGCUCCAACUUCUUCCCAGAGUCCAAGGUCAUCUUCCUGGAGAAAGGCCCUGAUGGACGACCUCAAUGGGAAGUUGAGGCAAAAAUAAUCCGCGAAAAAUCUCAAGGAUCGUGCAUCGUGGUGGAGGUCCCUCCUUACCACAGUAAGACUGUGGGCUCAGCAGUGCAGGUGCAGUUUUAUGUGUGCAAUGGCAAGCGGAAAAGGAGCCAAUCACAACGCUUCACUUAUCUUUCAGUCAUGGUGAAACAGGAGCACAGAGAUGAGCUGGACCUUCCUGCAGGACCCCCUAUGUCCAUGCCCCUGGCACAUGCUGCCAGUCUGGUGCGCACCCAGCUGCCUUCUCCUGAGCAGGGCCACCCAUCGGACAACCUUCUGUCCAGCUCCCCUCACGGCCUGGCCACGGGCUCCGGACCUGGCCUGCUACCCCUGCAGGCCCCCUGCCCCUCCCUGGGCUCCCCGUCCUUCCAGCACCUGCCUCACCUCCAGGGCCGCGGUUUGCACCACCCCCCUGCUGACUGCCACAUGACGUUCCACCCGAGCUCUGCUCCUGCUCCCCUUCCUGCUCCUCCCCGGCCCUCCUACCAGCCUAUGCAGCACAGCCACAGCCACGGUCAUAGCCUGCCCUUCAACGGCCAGUCCAGCCUUCCUCCUCAGGGCUACGAGAGGAUGCCCUUCCAGCACAGCCACACAGUAUCACACCCAAUGGGCAUGGGAAUGGUGUACCCUUCCUCCCCUUGCUCCUCGCCAUCAGCCCCCUCCUCUUCAGCCUCCAACCCUAUUGCUGGGUCUCCCCAGAACCAGCAACCGCUGCUCACCCCGUCAUCCCCACACCUCCACACACUUGGAAGCUAUCACUGCUCCCCAAAUCCCGGCCAGGUACCCUCUCCCAGUGGUCACCCCCUUGUGGGGCAGCACUCCUCCCAACUGCAGAGGGCUAUGGGCUAUCACCCAGUAAGUCAAAGGUCAGCCUCCUGUCCCACACCAUCCAGUGCCCCUCCUCCACGGAUGAUCCCCUCUCCUCACUCUGGGCCUUCCUCCCCUCAGCUGCACUCACUACCCUACCAGUCUCCCACCUCAUCCUCCCCCACCUCUGGUGGCAGUCCUCUGGGGCCCCUGCAACAGCAGCACUCAGGGCAGCCUUCUCCCCAGGCUACAAGCCCAGUCAUGGCCAGCUUGUCCCCAGCAGCAGCAGGGCCAUUGGUUCACCCUCUUAGCCCACAGGGACCCUUCCCCUCCGACGGGGACAGUGUGAACAUCAAACAAGAGCCAGAGGACAGGGAACCCACAUUUCGCUCCAUCGGCCUGCAGGACAUCACGCUGGACGAUGUGAAUGAAAUCAUCGGCAGAGACAUGUCCCAGUCCCCAGGCGCUCAUGGUCCUCCAUCCACACACAACCAGUCAUAGCUCAGCCUGCGGUCAUCCCCUGCAGCUUUAACCCUGCAGACCCCACAGCUCCAACAGAGACCCUGGACCCCGGGGACAAGAGGGCAGGAAGAGACGAGAAAGACUGUGGUCAGUGACAGAGUACGGUUGGAGAUUCUGUUGAAGCCUCGUGGACCUGCUCAACCUCCAGCCUGACAGGAAGACCCUCUCAUCCUUCUCCUCUGAUUUCAUUUCAAACUAUUUCUCUCAGUUAGAGACACAGAAACAGAACUCACACCUUCACACAGAUUAAACAGAGAGGUGAGCGGGAGAAUGCAGCCAUGACGAUUCACAGCGAGCUCAAAACGGUCGGAGAAUAAUGAGGAUUAACGAGAUUGUCGAGAUGCGAGCUGUCCCUCCUCAUUAGGUGUGACCUUUCAAACUACUUUCUAUAGCGGAGACAAUACAACGGCGUGUGUUGUCGUCCCCCUUCUCACCAGCAUUGACCUAUAUGAAUGAAGACGUCUUGAGACGAAUAAGAGAGACUCAAGAGUGCACGGUGCUCUCACGGGAAGCCAGAACUUGGGAUUCAAACUUGGUCUGAAGGGUGGUUUUAGUUCCCUGAAGUCAAAGUUUCUCAGGCAAACAUCAGGAUAUCAAAAACUCGAGGAUGCUUUAAAACCAUCUGGGUUUAUGUGAUAACAAUCUGCAAACAAUGUGGCAAAACUUUGAGCUGUACAAUUGGAUUACGAUCAGAAUUUCAGCUGUCAGUGAAAAAUCUUUUCCGUAAAAAACUCAGAACAUCUGGCUGAACUGUCCCGUCCUGCUCCCCGUGAUGACGCCGCCGUCCGCUCCUUGUCUGUCUCCCUUUUUUAAAUGAUGAAACCAUUCAGGUCUGGAGUGCAGGGGCCCGGCAGCGAGGACGAGCUCCUCCGGUGCUGGUCCGGGAUCUGCAACCUGCAACAUUCCACAACUUUUAGUAACCUUCGCAGCCGUGUAGAUAUCUGUACAUGAACCCCUCCUCUUUUUUCUCUCCAGAUCCCCCCCUCUCUCCCGUGUUUCCUUUUCUUCUUCAUGUUGAACAAAUGCCUUACUAACACUUAGCAGCUUUGAAUGGUAGCAAAAGCUUCUUUUUUUGUCAUUUUGCACAGCUGGCUUUGAGUUUGACUGUAAUAUUUUAAAACAGAUUUUUGGCCACGUGGAUAUGAUCUGAUGAAACCUGACGAAAGGAUGGUGUCAGUUUCUUUCAGCCCUUUUGAUCACUUUUCAUUCAAAGAUAUUUGAAGACGCCCCUUAUUUCCACGUUACAGAGAAGUGUUGUCAUGAGUGCACAGAGAAAAUUCUUGUCAUGCAAUAACUCCCCAAAUCUCCCAGGGGCCCUUGUGUGCCUUCAUACCUGCGAUGGUAUGACGUAUAGUGGGAAAGAAUUUGACUAAAGUUUUGAAAGUAUUUUAUACAAAAAGAUGUCGAUGUAUUUUGCAUUCAUGUAAUGAACAAGGUAAAACACCAACAACAGUUUCCACAUCCCCCCCGCUUAACACAAUCAACGUUUGCUGUUAACAAUCAAAGACUUCUUUAUCGUCUUUUCAUUAAUAUUUCCGUCGGGUAUGACGUGAAUGUAGACAGAGACAGAUUCCCUUUGGCUUGUUUGCCUUAAGCUUGACAAUAAUGCUCCUGCACGCGGGAGCUGAGGAGCGUCGCUUACGACGGUGUGAAGUCAGUUUUCCAGGUGAAAAUGAUUCUGCUAUGCAUUAAAAUUCUGCCUAAUGCCUUUAAAAAAAAGAGAAAAAGACGAAAAAAAAAUUUAAAAAAGACAAAAAAGACCUUGAUGCCUAUAGGAGUAGACUGUAGACUUGUUGUAGAUGCUUGAUUGGUUCUGUUAGCAUCCUGGAGUUCUCCAUCAGCCAAUCUGCCUUUGUCGAGGACGCAGUACAAGCAUCUUAAUAGGUUCAAUUCGAGUGUGUGUGUGUGUGUGUCUGUGUGUGUCUGUGUGUGUGUGUGCAUGUGUAAGUGUGUGAGUGUGUGUGUGGAUGAAUGGAUGGUGUUUGUACCAAAUAUGCUGUACAGAAGACGGGAAUUCUAAGAGUCCUAUUUUCAACAACAGAAGCACACACUUGUAUUUAGGCUAUGCAAACUAUACGAGCAGCAAAUGUGAGAUAUGACGUUAAAUAGGAAAACAUGAGAUUAUAAACUAUUUGUAAUAAUGUUGCUAAUGAACUUCACAGAGCGGAAAGAAAAAAAAAAACAUUCAGAUAGUGAGACUAUCACGUCACUAUGUAAACUAUUAGGAUGCCUUAAAUCUUGUUUGAAAACCAGUUUGUCAGUGUGUCUGUAUGCUGUUCUGGGUUGAUUUUUACUUUUAUUUUUUUCCAUGACUAAGACAUAAGUCAGUAACUAUAUUAUUAUUUGUUUGUUUUUCGGGGGGGCACAGGGUGGUCAUUGUGCGGUUGGGUGGGAGAAGGGAGGUGGCUUUCUUUUUUUUUUUUUUUUUGCAUAUAAAGCUGGUUCUGCAGCUUGGAUGGAAGACUUGAGUCAACAAAGAAAAUGAAACAAAACAAAAACCAGCAUCGACAGUAAACUCUGGCUGCCGUCCUCUUCUGUCACAACCAAAGACCGAACAAUAUGUUCCCAUUUUACAUUAUGGUAAAGCAACAGAGACUGUACAACUCUAUUUUUGAUACUUUGAAAUGGAUGUCAUUCCUAAAAGGUUGGGGACAUGUAUGAGUGUUGACUAUAUAUAUAUAUAUAUAUAUAUAUAUAUAUAUAUAUAUAUAUAUAUAUAUGUAUACACACACACACACACACAGCGAUGUUUUGUAAAAUAAAAGGGAAAUACAGGUUUAGCUGAUGUUUACCGAGCCUUGUAUUGUCAUUUCUUGUAUAUUUUGUAUGUUAAAAUGUUUUUGUAAUUUUUAAGACUGCAGUGCUUUUUGAAAUUAUUCAAAGGGAAUACCUUGCAUCAUACUGUAGGCUCUAAAGUAGUGUAUAUCAAUAAAACAGAAAACUCAGCUAUG